AUGGAUGAAUUUACUGCUCAUGUGCGGCAUGUUCAAAGUAGCGAUGGCGUAGACGUGAGACAUAUGGUUUCCGGGUUCAAUUGGGAAGGCGUUCAGGAAGGCGGCCGCGUUGUCGAUGUCGGUGGAUCGACCGGCAGUGCAGCCAUUGCCCUCGCUCGAAAGUUUCCUCAUCUUUCUUUCAUAGUUCAGGACCUCCCUGCCAAUGCAGAAACUUAUGUGGGUUGGGUCAAGACCUUUGGCAAGUCCACGUACGUGCGCGUUCCUAUGUGGAAAAUCGUCAUUGACGGCAUCCCCGUACGACACGUGGAGAUGAGCGAGGAAUUCAAGCAAGAACUCGCCGCAGAGAACACCAACUAG